AACAGUCCCCAAUCACAAGAAAAACAUACCCUUCAUUGGGAGAGCAGAUUAUGGACUAGUACAAGUGCCUCCCAAGGGAAAUUUUUGCAGGAAGACAGAGAUCCAGGGACCACAUUUCUCUUUGCUGUAGCAAAUACUUGGCUGAAAAGAGAUGGACUGGAGUAGCUGCACUUUUGGUUUAGUGUUCAUCUUGACUUUUCUAUCCAUUUUGAAAAUGGGACAUUUCUGGAAUAACCACAGGAGAAAGAAUUUUCCCCCAGGACCACGAGCAUUACCUAUCAUUGGAAGUCUGCAUUUGUUUGAUUUGAAGAGACCCUACAGGACCUACCUACAGCUGUCAAAAUUAUAUGGUCCAGUCUUUAGUGUUCAGAUGGGGCUGAAGAAAAUAGUAGUGAUUUCUGGGUAUGAAACAGUGAAGGAAGCUCUCGUAAACCAGGCAGAUGCUUUUGCAGAGAGACCUAAAAUCCCAAUCUUUCAAGAUUUGACUGGAGGAAAUGGGAUUAUUUUCGCUCAUGGUGAAAACUGGAAGGUGAUGCGCAGAUUUACUCUCACAACACUACGAGAUUUUGGAAUGGGAAAAAGGGCCAUUGAGGACCGUAUUGUGGAGGAGUAUGGGUAUCUGGUAGACAACAUUGGGUCACAAGAAGGAAAGCCCUUUGAUGCUAGUAAAAUAAUUCAUGCAGCAGUUGCUAACAUAAUUGUGUCAAUAUUACUUGGAAAACGUUUUGACUACAAAGACUCCAGAUUCGUGAGACUUCUACAUUUGACCAAUGAAAGCAUGAGGCUUGCUGGGAAACCUUUGGUUACGAUGUACAACAUCUUCCCAUACCUCGGAUUUCUGCUCAGGGCUAACAAGACUCUUCUACAAAUCAAAGAGGAAUUCCAUGCUUAUGUACAAGUUACUUUUGUAGAACAUCUCAAAACUCUGGAUAAAAAUGAUCAAAGAAGUCUUAUUGAUGCUUUCCUUGUUAAACAGCAGGAGGAGAAAUCCACUACCAAUGGGUAUUUCCAUAAUGGCAACUUGCUAAACUUGGUGAGCAACUUGUUUACUGCUGGUGUUGAGACAACUGCCACCACACUAAACUGGAGCUUUCUGCUGAUGCUAAAGUACCCUGAAAUUCAGAGGAAGGUCCAAGAAGAGAUAGAGCAAGUCAUAGGGUCAAACGCCCCACGGAUCGAGCAUCGAACUCAGAUGCCAUAUACUGAUGCUGUCAUCCAUGAAAUUCAGAGGUUUGCUAAUAUCCUGCCAUUGGAUUUGCCUCAUGAGACUACUGAAGAUGUCACCCUCAGAGGCUAUUUCAUUCCCAAGGGCACCUACGUCAUUCCCUUACUGACCUCUGUCCUGCAAGACAAAUCACAGUGGGAGAAACCAGACAAGUUCUAUCCUGAGCACUUCCUUGACGCCAAGGGAAGAUUUGUGAAGAAAGAUGCUUUCAUGCCUUUUUCAGCAGGGCGGAGGAUCUGUGCUGGAGAGACGCUUGCCAAAAUGGAGCUCUUCCUCUUCUUCACCAGCCUCCUGCAGAGGUUCACCUUCCACCCUCCCCCUGGAGUUUCUACCUCAGACCUGGACCUCAGCCCUGCAAUUUCAUUUAGCGUCAUGCCCAAACCCUAUAAAAUGUGUGCUGUACCACGUUCCUAGAACUCUAAUCAGCAUCAAUUUGUUUAAAAACUGUUUAGAUUACUUUUGCAUUAUAGCUGCCUCCUUAAUUCUUUGGCCAAAGUAAUUUACAAUAUUGCAUCUUGAUGAGGGUUUCCAGUACUUCUAAAAUGAAAUGGUAUUAUUUUAUUUUUUGUUUAUUGGUGGAGGGCAGUAGACCAGAAGUAUGGACUAAUUGAUGACUAAUUGAUUAACCUAUUAGAUCACCUAGUCUGGGCUAAAUCAUACAAACCCUCAGCUUUCACAUUCCUGCUUCAAUUUUCACUUCGUACUGUAUGUUUGUUGAAGGCAUAUCCCCCAGAAAUGCUCCCAAGUCCACAUUUCUCCAAAGAGACAUAUGGACCAUGAAGCUCUGCCUGGCUUGUACUAUCCCGCUUAGGAGAGUAGGUGUUGAAGACACUUAUUCCUUUUCCUCGAAGUAGUCACUCCUCUGAACAUUCCCAUUCAUUUGAUCUCAUUCCCUUGUUUUGAGGGGUUUCAUGUCAACGUUCUUCCAUAUGACUUUGCCUCCUCACCCAAACAAAAUUCCGGUCAUUAGACUGUAAAUAAUUAAAUCAUUACAUGGGGAGUAAACCCACUUUAAAGCUGAUAUACAGAGAACAGUUCAAUUGCUUUAACCCCAAGCCUCUAGCACCAUUUUAGAUACCCUCAGAUCUUUCGCUUGCCCUUCAGCUGCCAGGCUGGGGGAGCAGGUCCUGUGCCAUAUAAACCCCUCCUACAUGUUUCAGAUAAUGUAGAUACUUCAAAUAUCUCAGAGCAUUCAACUGUAGACUGCUAGAAAGAGACUAACGAUUAAAGACUCAAAAGUAAAAAUAGUAUGAGAAUCCAAAACUUA